ACAAUGGGGUUUGCUGAGGCAAAGAGACCACAGAGCUUCUCAUAAAAAGCAGAUAACUUCAAUUAUCCAUUUAUCUGCCUGAGAUCCAGGGAGUGCUGUCCAAUGUCCAAUAUAUCACCAUGCCUCUCUGCCAGCAUUGCUGUUGCAUUUAGACAGAGCUCUAGUUUCAGGCUGGAAGAGAGAAAGGAGCCGUUUCUUGAAUCCAUUCGGUGCUCAGGUGGGGUUCCUGGGAAAUACAUCUAAAUUUAAGGUAGGGACAAAGAUGACCCACUGUGGAGGCAGCUGGAGUGUCUAUUGAUUCCAUGCCAUGUUCUGUACACUCAGUUUGGGAAGAAGGCUUGUUUACAGCACUUACAGCAAACCUCAUUGCUGAUACAGUGGAAGAAGGCAGGUACAGUCGAUGAGGACCCAGAACAGAGCUGUCAGUGGCUGCUCUCACAUUGUGGAACUUUCUCCUGCAAAAUACUAGCCUAGCUUGGCUCCUUCUGUGAUCACUUUUUCCAAGCAGGACUAAGAAAAUAAGCCAUUCUCCCCAGAAUGGUUCAUGGUAGUAUUCUGAGAAGAACAUCGAGAGGGUUGCAACAUCACUGACUGAAAGAAAAUCAUCACUCAUGAGGAAAAUUUAACUCAGAUGCCACGUUUUUACAGAAAUCAUGGGAUGUGGCAUUUCUAUAAAGAAGAACCAGGCAAACAAAUCAGAACGAGUCAUCAAAGCAGCCAUCCUCAUCCAAAGGUGGUAUCGAUCUUAUGUGGCCCGGAUGGAGCUGAAGCGGCAAUAUGCUCUUAGCAUCUUUCAGUCAAUUGAAUAUGCAGAAGAACAAGCACAGCUACAGCUGUCCAACUUCUUCACAUUCAUGCUGAACCAUGUGAAUGAAUUUGAUCCAGACAUUAAGUCCCACUUUGUCUCCAUUAUGGGGGAUUACAACAUAGCAAGUUCAGAUCCUGCAAUGACAGAGUAUGAAAGGAGAAUUGAGGUACCCGCCUCCUACCAUGGCCCUUGUCUGUGUUUUCCCCUCACAGCUGCUGACAUCAAUGCCCUUCUUCAGGCUUUCAAGCAUCACCAGCAGCUCCAUGCUAGAUAUGUGCUUCAACUCUUUCACGAGACCAGAAAGGUCCUUCAGCAGAUGCCAAACAUUACUCAUCUGUCAACCUCUUAUGACAAGGAAAUCACCAUCUGUGGUGAUCUACAUGGAAAGCUAGAUGAUCUUUUACUGAUUUUCUACAAAAAUGGUCUCCCCUCGGAAGAAAAUCCUUACGUUUUUAAUGGUGAUUUUGUCGACCGGGGGAAAAAUUCCAUAGAAAUACUUAUAAUUCUGUUUGCAUUUCUGCUUGUCUACCCCAACCAUUUACACUUGAACAGAGGGAAUCAUGAGGAUCACAUCAUGAAUCUUAGAUAUGGGUUCACAAAAGAAGUUAUGAAAAAGUACCAGUGCCACGGUACAACGAUUUUGCAUCUUCUUCGAGAUGUCUACAGCUGGCUUCCUCUUGCAACUAUAAUUGACAACAAAGUUCUAAUUUUACAUGGUGGAAUCUCUGACACAACUGAUUUAAAGUUCCUGAAUCUGUUUCAGAGAAAUAAGCUAAAAUCUGUUCUUAACCCACCAAAAUCAAAUGCUGGAACAGGCAAUGAGCCACGGAGAGCUACUCUUACAGAUGCCCAUUCCCACCCAGUACAAGUCAAGAAGUCCAAUUCUGGGUCUCACGUCUCCAGUAAAGAAGCCACAAAGUCUAUGUCAGCAUCCAGCAACAGCAGACAAUACAGUAAGAGGCAGCACCCUGACAACCUCUGUCACAGAACUGUUUCUCAUCCAGUUGUAGAGGUGCAACAUUGUAAGCCAUCCGUUACCAAAACACACACAUCUCCAGAAUUAACACCAAAGGAAUGGAAGCAGGUAGUAGACAUUCUCUGGAGUGAUCCUAAACAUCAAAAUGGCUGUACACCAAACAAAUACCGAGGCGGUGGUUGCUGUUUUGGACCAGAUGUUACAGCCAGGUUGCUAAAACGUUACAAUUUGAAAAUGCUCAUCAGGUCUCAUGAAUGCAAAGAGGAAGGCUAUGAGAUCAGCCAUUAUGGAAAGGUCAUCACUAUAUUUUCUGCUUCAAAUUACUAUGAAGAGGGAAGUAAUCGUGGUGCUUACAUCAAAUUGAACCCAGAUCUGAUACCUCGUUUUGUUCAGUAUCAAGUUAGCAAAUCAACACCUAAACGGACCCUGCAGCAGAGAGUUUCCACAAUUGAGCUGUCUGCCUUAAAGUGUUUGCGAGAAAAGAUUUACAUACACAAAUCGGAUUUGAUUGCAGCUUUUAGACAGUAUGACCGGAAUGGUACAGGGAAGAUUUCUCCCAGUGAAUGGGUUUCAGCGGUGGAAUCUGUUCUUCAGCUUGACCUCCCCUGGAGAACCUUACGUUCCAGACUGGUUUGUCUGGAUCAAGAUGGAAAUGUUGAAUACCUUUCAUCUUUUGAUGAUGUUGAAAUCAAAUUGCCAAUCAAAGAGGUUCAGCCAUCGUUGGUGGAAACCCUAUGUAGAUACAAAGCUGAUCUGGAGAGUAUCUUUAACAUGAUUGACAGAGAUCACUCAGGUCUUAUCUCCAUUGACGAGUUCCACCAGGCAUGGAAGCUCUUUAACCUACACCUGAAAAUUGCUAUAGAUGAUGAAUCCAUUGACAGCUUAGCCCGUUGCAUAGAUUUCAACAAAGAUGGUAGCAUUGACUUUAAUGAAUUUUUAGAAGCUUUUCAUGUGGUCCACAAAUUAGAGAAGAGAUACAGCUCCUGAAGAAGAUAGGCUCCUCAGUAUAAUUUCUUUGGGGUACAUUUUGUUGUAGACUUUUAAUUUAAAUUUUGCUGCCUUAAUAUAGAUAGAUAGAAUCAACAUCAAUGCCUAAAAGAAACCUGAAGAAGUUAGUACUUGAUUAUAAUGUGAAAAUUUGAUCUUUGGAAGAAUACUGCUACUGAGAAACUGACAUACAAAAAGAUAGAAAGGUAUGUCUUAAAAUGCUGUCAACAGUGACUACAUCAGUGCCAUACAGAGACUCAGGGUUUAUUACAAUUGUCAUUCUUUCAGAAAAAUGCUUGGGAAUAUGUUUUAUUUUUAUAUUUAUUUAAUUAAAGGGUAUUUUUGCUGUUUCUAAAAUGAUAGAUAAGGUCUAGUAUAAAGAUGAUGGAGCAGAAAGCUCAAUUGCCCCAAACUGGAGGCCUGGCUCUGGAGAGGGAGAAUAGAUGUGUCCAACCAGAUCCAGUUCUGGGGCCAGAUCCAACAUAACUGUCAGCCAUAUAAUUGUCCCACCCUUCAUGCUUCAUUACUUUAUUCAGUGUUGUUUUAAACUCACUUCCAUUGGUAACCAUAGCUAUAUCUAAUUCCACAAAUUAACUGUGCUUUUUGAAGAAGUACUUCAAUUUGUGCAACAAGUACUUCCACACAACGCAGACCUUUUUGCACCUCGGUCGUGUCGUACAUCCUGUUUUGCUGUCUUUUUUCAAUGCUAGAUAUCGCCAAAUAAAAAUUUACAUUGUAAUUUUUUCAGUAGACAUUUAUUUCCAUUGCACCAUGGAAAAGCUAAACAUUCUCCCCAAAAAUUACCUUCUCGGGCGUGCAGCCAUGUCAACAGGAUUUCCAUGGCACUAGAGAGUGGAGCAAUAUGCAAAUAUACUACUAACUCUUUUUUGCCAGUGAAGCACUGCAGCUGGAUCUUCUCACAACUGCCUCUCACAAAAUACCUUGUGGCCAGGAGAGAACGAGGCAUAAUCACAUACUGACCCACUGUUUACGUGGCUGUGUGUGCCUUCAUGUCACCAAUCUACUUGUGACUUCAUACAUUUCAUAUGGUUUUCUUAGCCAAGAAAUACUCAAGUUUUGCCAGUUCCUUCCUUUUCUAAUGCCUCAGAAAUAGGUUUGUAGGUACCUAGCUACAUCAGUGAUGCUUUCAUCAUACCUAUGUUUCCCCAUACACUAUCUACUCAUCUCUAUCCAUGUUUUUAAUCAGUAAUAAAAGUCCAUGUAGAAAUCAGUAAGAUUAAAAUUGUUUCUCUUAAAUUGUAUUUUUAAGGGAAUGCUUAUUUUUUGUUACAUUUGAUUGAGAUAAUAAAACAAAAUCUCAGUUGUUCCCUGAGCAUGGUCUUAUAGCACAUGGUGGAGCCUCCUUGCUGAAGAGAAUCAGAUGUAUGUGUUCAGUGCCUGAAUUGGAGACACUUAAGAAUCCUAUGUACACUGUGUUGAGUUCCAAGAUGGAAUAAAGAUGUUAUGUAAAUGUACUGAAUAAAUAAUAAACCCAUAUGAAAGCCAUAAAAA